CCUUUCCCCUUCUUUUCUUGAUACAAACGAAUAAAAACUAUUUCCCCAUAACCAAAUACAAAACCACGCGUAUACUCCCAAAUUUUAGUUCAAUUCAAGGACCCCCAAAGCUUUCUUUCUUCCUUACCCAUCUCAAUUUGAUUUUCUUUUUCUUUUCCCUUUUCCUUCCAACUCAUCCAAUUUUGGGAUUCUUCUUUGACAGCUUGGUCAUGGAAAUCCUUCUCCCUUUUCACACUUGCAACCCAAAUCCACUUCCUAUUCACGGGCUAGACUUGCUCUAGCUCCCACCCUUUUCCCCAUUUCCCCCCCUUCUUUCUACCUUUUUUCACUAUUCCCAUUUUUCCUCUUCUGGGCUUGUUCUCUCCAUAGCUCUCUUUCCAGCUUACUAUUCAUGGGGUCCUGCCUUAGUGCUAGAAUUAAAGCUGAGAGCCCUCUUCACAACGGGUUGAGCUCCAGGUAUGCAAGAGAUGGAAAUGAUAAAGGGAAUUCAACCAGCAAGUCAUCUGUCUCGACCCCUCGGACCCCUCGAACAGAGGGCGAGAUCUUGCAGUCCUCCAACUUGAAAAACUUCUCCUACAAUGAGCUUAAAGCUGCCACCCGAAACUUCCGUCCUGAUAGUGUAUUGGGUGAGGGUGGAUUUGGUUCUGUAUUUAAGGGGUGGAUUGAUGAACAGUCCUUUGCAGUUACGAAGCCCGGGACUGGCUUAGUCAUUGCAGUAAAAAGGCUCAACCAGGAAGGUUUCCAGGGUCAUAGAGAAUGGCUGACAGAAAUUGACUAUCUAGGCCAGCUGCAUCAUCCUAAUCUUGUGAGAUUGAUUGGCUUUUGCUUAGAGGAUGAGCAUCGACUUCUUGUAUAUGAAUUUAUGCCUCGUGGCAGCUUGGAAAAUCAUCUAUUUAGGAGGAGUUCUCACUUUCAACCUCUAUCAUGGAGUCUCCGAUUGAAAGUUGCUCUUGGUGCUGCUAAAGGUCUAGCUUUUCUACAUAGCGAUGAAGCGAAAGUAAUAUACCGGGACUUUAAAAGCUCUAAUAUCUUGCUGGAUUCGGACUAUAAUGCAAAACUCUCUGAUUUUGGAUUAGCCAAAGAUGGGCCUACAGGUGACAGAAGCUAUGUUUCUACAAGGGUAAUGGGAACAUUUGGCUAUGCAGCUCCUGAAUAUAUGAUCACAGGUCAUCUCACAGCCAAGAGUGAUGUGUAUAGCUUUGGAGUUGUUCUUCUCGAGAUCCUAUCAGGGAGACGAGCUAUAGACAAAAACCGACCAUCUGGAGAACACAACCUUGUGGAAUGGGCAAAACCUUACCUCACUAGCAAACGAAGAGUACUUCAAAUGUUGGACGCACGAAUUGAAGGCCAAUAUUCGACCGGAGGAGCACUAAAAGCGGCUAAACUUGCCAUUCAAUGUAUAUCGACAGAACCUAAGUUAAGACCGAACAUGAAUGCAGUCGUGAAAGCAUUGGAACAACUUCAGGAUUCGAGUGAAACGAGUGGAUCAAGGGGAACUUUAAGCGAACCCUUAAACACAUCCAGCCAAGGCAGUGGCUCCACAAAUAACAAACCUGUUUCUUAUCCUAGACCAUCAGCUUCAGUACUAAAUCUAUAGAAAAUGGGACGGAAGAAGAACAUCUGGCAAACAGGCUAACAUUUCAGCUGAACCGAGGAGGUAAAGAUUGUAUUUGGAUGACCCCCUCAUGUUUGUACUGAAACAGUGUACAGUUUCUUCUUUCCAGUUUGGUUAAUUUUCCCCCAGAAUCAGUCCCUCCCCCCCUCGUGUUUUUCCUGUUUCUGGCUUUGAUAAGAAUAAGAUUUGAUUCCACUAAGACAGGUAUCAAUAUCAUUCCUUUAUGAUUAAUGACCCACUCUUACAAACAUAUAAAAUCUAACUGUUUGUUUACUUCAUAA